GUCAGCAGGCUCAUUCUACAGAGGAACUCUACAACUGGAAUAAGGUCUUACCGCUGGGUUUUAGAUUAUAUCCUAAUCAGAUUGAUUUUUAAAGCUUUGGUUUUCAAGGCCUGCCCAAAUUACAGAAACAGCUUUUAUAAUUCUUGUGACAUUUAGAUAUAUAGAUCUCCGACCUUUUGCUUGUGUGACCUUCACUUAAACAAACCCUUGAUUCUGUAGUCCAACCAAGUUUUCUUCCCACUGACUGUUCUGCCACCCUACCAACUGGUCAGAUCUUAGUGAAAUUGCCAUAUCGAGCCUCCUCCAGACCAACAGGAUGACCCUUCUCGACUACCCUGUUCCAGAGUUGGAUGUUACCUUGCAAGAAGUGAGCCGUGUCCUGCAGCUCACUUUAAGUCCUGACCUUUACCCUGAGUUUAAAUGCACGAUGGAACAGCAGAGGGAGCUCCUUCAAGAGGCCCACCAAAAAAUAGCAACUAUUGCUGCAGGCCAAGAGAACUGGGUGACGGAGCAGUUCAAGAGAGCUCUGCUGUCCUGUGCUGACCCCCUGCCCACUUCCACAGCCCUGCCUGUUGUUCUUCUUCCUUCCCAAGUAAAGCAAUGUACCCAACUGCAGAGGGCAGCCGCUCUGCUCUGGGCAGCAGCAAAGCUGUACAGUGAGCCCUUGUUACUGGAGGGCAAUGUGCCAAUGGAGCGCACACAGCAGGGUGAGGUAUUCGCUGCCAGCCGGAUUCCUGGCAGGAUUCAAGAUGAGAUUAAGGUCUACCCAGAUAGCCUCCAUGCUAUCAUCACCUGUGUUGGAGGAGUGUUCCCUGUUGACAUACUGUGGCGUCCCAGUACCGGGGGUCCAGUUUCAGCUCGAUCGUUCAAUGACAUCUACAAACAGCUGACUCAGGUGAUGGAUCAACCCAGUGCAGGAAGACAGAAUGAUCCCUCUGUCAUUUGCAGCCUCUCAGCUCUGGAGCGCAAAGCCUGGGCUGCCACCAGGGAAGAGAUCCUGGAGCAAGGAGGGGAUGCAGCGGCAUCACUGGGGCUGAUGGAGAGUGCUGUUCUGACACUCUGCCUGGAGGAAUGCAACGCACCCUCUGAGCUGGCUGAUAUCCUCAAUGCAGUGAGGUUGGGAGGAGGAGGAGGCAGUCCAUGCCUCAGAUACUAUGACAAGGUGAUGAACCUGGUGGUAUUCAAGGACGGCACAGCUGGGAUUGUAUUUGAACACAGUGCUGUGGAUGGGAUGGUGGCUGGUCUUGUGACUAAGCGUGUGUACAAUCUGUCAGAAACUAUUGAUUUAAACCUAGUCCAUACUGACACAGAAAAUUUGAAUAGGUCUAUCAUAGUAAACAGUGUUAUUUCUGUUUACCCCGCGUCCCUAACAUUCCCCUUGCAAGGAGUAAAUACCCCCAAUCCGAGCCCUAACUUAAAAGCAACACAUCCAGUUCUCACAUUUGAUGUGCCCUCCUAUCCUGAUGUCUUUUCUACUCUCAGAGGACAGAGAGGCUUGUAUGAUGCUUGGAUCAACUUCUCCUUGCAGCUUUCCCUGAGGCAGACUCUUGGGGAAUCUGCUGCCAAACACAUGCUUGUAACACCUACCCAUAUGCGCCACUACAAACAUGGCCGAUGUGAUCCUACUUACUCACUCACCAUGCAUUCUCGUCAGUUAGUACGUGCCUUGGAAGCCUGUGUUGGCUCAGAUGACACAAUCCAAUACACUACUGACCUCCUACGCUUGUUCCAUGUUGCAUUUUUGGAGCAUAAGAGCCUCAUCAAAAACACCAAAAGGGGUCAGGGAGUUGGACCCCACCUAGCUGCCCUGCGUCGAUCAUUGCCAUCUGACAACCCACUGAAGAAGUUCCUGGACCCCUUUGGAUGUCCAGCUGUGUACCUCACGGGUACAGAUCUGAUGGAAGGUGUGGAGUGUGGCGUAGGGAAUGUUUAUGCCCAAGAUCAGCUUGCUGUAACCUACCUCGGUAAAAGAGACAAGGUUCGCAUUGUGCUUAAUGGGAAAGGGAGCUUUGCUCUGGCAUUGGAGAAGCUUCAAGAAAGCCUUAAGAAAAACCUGAAGUUAGUGAUGCGUCUAGCUGUUAGAUAUGCCAUUGCAUACCAGAUGGGAGCCCUGGAGUGUUUGCUCCAACAGGGUCAAAGAGAGGAAAUGAAUGGAGAGAGAGAUCACCACCCAGAGAGCCCAGACUAUACUCUAGUGAUCCAUGGUGGUGCCGGAGAGGUGAUGAUGUUGAACACAGAAGUGAUCGGGGCUAUUGAGUUUGCUCUACAAACAGCCUUAACCCUUGGAUCCCAAGUGCUUCAACAAGGUGGCAGGAGUCUGGAUGCAGUUCAGAGGUCAGUAGAAGCUUUGGAGGACUGCUUCCUAUUCAAUGCAGGUAAAGGCUCAGUAUUCAACAAAGAUGGCAAAAAUGAAAUGGAAGCAACCAUUGUAGAUGGCAAUGCAAUGAGGUCAGGGUCUGUUGCUUGUGUGCAAAGUGUGAAGAACCCGAUAAAAGCUGCCAGAUAUGUCAUGGAGAAAAGCUCACAUUCACUCAUUGUGGGAGAUGGGGCUGAGGAGUUUCUGCAAGGGUUGGAGGAGAAAGAGAAACCUGUUGGGCCUGAGUAUUUCUACACUGAUAUACGUCACAGAGAGCUAACUGCAAAUCUCAGUAGUGGAAAUGCCUCAAAAAACAAUCAUCCUCAGACAGUUGGAGCUGUGGCCUUGGAUCGUUGGCAUGGGUUGGCUGCUGCAUCCUCCACAGGUGGGUUGGUAGGAAAGCUGAAAGGGCGAGUUGGGGAUACGGCAGUAGUAGGGGCAGGAAUAUAUGCUGAUGACAAGGUAGCUAUUACCUGCUCUGGAGAUGGAGAUGUAUUUCUGAGGCAAACAGUUGCACAGAAAAUAGCCAGUCUCUACCACCACAAAGGCCAUAGCCUUAGGCAGGCAUGUAGAGAAGUGAUGGCUGAAAAUCUGUAUGGGAUCUGUGCAGGAAUCAUUGCAGUGGACACUAAAGGUGAUGGCAUCAUUGAAACAAAUGCUGCUGUGAUGUUUGUGGCCUCCAUGAGAAGUGGCAUUUCACGAGUAGAGGUCCUAAGGCCACUGAAGAGCUUCUCUGAUGUGAUCUGGGAAACAGAUGAGCUGGUUGCCUACCUUGAUCCCAGCCCCUGGAUCCCUGGUUCAACCAUUCUGACUAAAAAAACUCUUAAUGGGGCAAGCAGCAUCUUCCAGUUGGCUACACCUGAUUUUGUUGCUAUGCUGCAAGCAGCAAAAGCUGUGGCAAGCUUGCUAUGUGAGCGAUUGGGAGUGCAGCGCUGUGCCUUGGUUUUCAAUCCAAUACCUGAUCAGCCAGCACAAAUCAGACUGCUACCGCUUCAUGGUAUAGAGCCAAAGUGGCAGCCCCAUCUAGCCAAUGAAGAAGAAUUCCACACAUUCCAUCCUGGCUACUGCACCUCAAAAAGUGGCCCACACUGGGAUGAUGAGGCACUGGCCCAGGUUCAAGCCAAGAUUAGAAAUGGACUGCCAACACCGAAUGCACCCCCUUGCUUUGACUUUUUUGGAGACGCUUCCCAUGAUAACCUGUUCAGUCGUAUUGUGCGUGGAGAGCAGCAACAGUGGAGAGUGUGGGAAGACAGUGAGCAUGUUGCCUUCCUGACACCAUACCCAAACACUCCUGGACUCACUGUUGUGGUGCCACGCAAACCACUGUCCAGUGACAUCUUCAAACUACAGGAAGCUGACUACAAAGCACUGAUCUUAGCCACUUAUAAAGUUGCCCGACUACUGGAAGAGGGGAUGAGAGCUCGAGGCGUUGCACUGAUCUUUGAGGGCUUUGAGAUUGACUAUGCUCAUGCCAAGCUGAUCCCUGUGUUACCUUCACCAGAUGGCACUAAUCCUGCUGAACUGCAACCAGAGUGCUUCCAAAGCUACCCUGGAUAUGUGUCAUCACUGGAUGGGCCAGCAGCUGACCCUGGGGCCCUCAAAAAGAUCCACUCAAAAAUUACAGAGUGCAGGCCUCCUCAUUCAUGGGAAGACCCUCAGUCUCACUCCACACUUGCCAUCAAGAGCCCGUGGUAUCGCAACCUGUUCCAGAUUCAAGACACUCUUUUCCACAGCACAGUGGAAUAUUUUCACAGUUCCUGCCAGUACUCUUAUGCUCUAACCCCUCUCACCACAGACACCAUCUCCUCACCAAUGGGCCUAGGAUCUGACUCAGAACCAGUUUCUGUUAACCUGCUGGGCCAGGACAUCUACCUGGCUGACUCAAUGCAAUUUGUGCUUGAAUACUUCCUUCGCUUCCAAGAGAACCUGCCAGGGACGUACUACAUUUCUCCCAGCUUUAGAGGGGAAGACCCUGAUGCCACACACUUGAACCAGUUUUACCACGUGGAGUGUGAACUGUUGGGUGACAUGGACAAGGCCAUGUCCAUAGCGGAGGGAUUCCUGGCUCACCUUACCAAGGCUAUGCUGAAGAAACACUGUGAUAUGAUCCUAAACACUGCCGGGACCCUUGCACAUGUCACAGCCAUGCUGAGCAAGCUGGAUGGAAAAACAGCACUGCCAAGAAUCUCUCUAGACCAGGCCAUUCCCAUGAUGCCCUCUGCUGACUGCCUAGAGUGGGUCCAAGAUGGCCAGCCCCGGUUUGGCAGAAAGCUAACACGCAAAGGAGAGCGGGUCUUGAUCGAAAAAUAUGGUGGUGCUGUGUGGCUGACUGAAAUGGACCAUUUGGGAGUUCCCUUCUACCAGGCAUAUGUGGAGGGCACUGGGCGGGUUAAAGCCAAAGCUGCUGACCUUCUCCUGGGGCUGGGUGAGACUGUGGGUCUUGGCGAACGUCAUUCCACCCCUGAGAUGGUACAAGAGGCCCUCAGGCACCAUGCCGUGCCAGAGCAGUCCUACAAGUGGUACAUUAACAUGCGGCAAGUGAAACCACUCCUCACCAGUGGAUGGGGCAUGGGGACGGAGCGCUACUUGUGUUGGUUGCUUCAGCAUGAUGACAUCAGAGAUAUAAAUAUAAUUCCUAGGAUGAAAGGAAUGAAGUACAUGCCCUGAUCAUCAGUUCUUCACAGGUGUUCAGGCCCUCAGAUGUGAUAUUUGUGUAAUAAUGGGACCAAAGAAGAAUAUACAAUAUGACUUUAAACCAUUAAAAUUCCUCAAUAAUCCAGACUUUAGGACUUUCAUACAGGUUUGGGUUUCUUCAUCAAUAACUUUUCCCAAUGUGUCUAUAGAUAGAAGAAAUGUCCUACAGCCUUUAGUUCUACCCAACCCAUGUAUCCUUCAAAGUUAAAAGUUUCUGUAAAUUGAGUGUUUUAGAACCAGAACAUAAACUAGAGGCCUCAUCACAGAUAGAAUAAAUAGAGAAUGUAGAGUAAGUUAGAAGGUUAGGUUAGGUUUCAGGAAGUAAAUCUUUUGUUUUUCUUUAAAUGUUAACACUAACUCCUUUCUUAGUGGCACUGUAAAGCUACAGUAUCAAUGCAACUGCAAAGUGUACACAGUAAAGAAUACAAUAGUAGUGUAAGAACAACUUUUCAACAGUCUUGAAAAAAUUGUUAUUCAAGGCUGUGUAAACUAUAAAUCACUUGUUCACUAUGUAAGGGCCCCCGCGGUUGACGAUGGAUGGAUGGAUGGACUAUGUAAGGGCAACAUAAAGGAAUGCAUUUGUUAAAGUCCUUGGACAUUGUAUUAACAUGUUUGCAAGCAAUUCUUUGUAUUGUCCCUCAAUAUAGUGUUUUGUUAGGGGUCCAAACCCGGCUGCCCAGCAAGGCAUUGUGGUUCCCUGUACCAGCAGAGCUGGGAACCCUAUUGAAAUCGUUAGGAUUUUCAUUAUUCCGCCGCUAAAACUCAUACUGUAGUCUAGACGGUAAAUGCUACAGACACGAAACGCAUAUGGUAGGUCCAAACUACUGCAAGUACCUCAGGCGCAAAAAUCUGCACACUUCUACCACUAGGGAGUGCAUAUCAAAAACCUUAUAUCCAUGCGUUCGGGGGAUCGAGCUGAAUGUAAUGGUAUAGGCCACGCCCAUUUCCGCCUAGACUUUUUUUUGCUACAUCGCGAAAACUUAUUAAUCGCGAUAACUAAUUAACUCCUCUGAAGCCACAAGUCCGAUCGACACCAAACUUCUCUGGACCAAGCUGAUGAAAGUUUGUAGAGGAAAUUUUGAUACGACAAAAACUGUUAAGAUGAAACGCUAAUAAAUGUUUGCGAAAAAUGCUAUAAAAAGGAAGUGAUGUUAUAUCUUUGCUUUGGAAUGGCCAAUUGACAAAAAAUCCCUUUGACUUAAAUGAAUUUUAUAUCGCCAUAACCACAAGACCGAUUCAUACCAAAUUUGGGCCAAUUGUUCCCCAUGGGGCCCUGAUGACACCUCAAACAUUUGGUGCAAUUUGGCUUAAAGAUGGCACUACAAUCAAAACUCAAAGACACCAUUCAUUUCAAUUGGAUUUUCAACCAAAGGACAUUUUGCCUCAUAACUACACGCCAAUACAUCGCACGUUCAUAAACCUUAUGUCUACAUGUUUGGGGGAUGCUGCCGAUUCUGAUGGUAUAGGACACGCCUCUGUGCAAUGACGUCAUUUCGCUAAAUCGCCAAAACUGUAAAACCUAUUUUAAUUCAUUCUUCCGAAGCCGCAAGUCCGAUCGACACGAAACUUGGCACGGACCAUCUCUGGACCAAGCCAAACAAAGUUUGUAGAGGGAAUUAUGAUCUGACAAAAAAUGUCCCAAUUACAAGCUAACAAAUAUUUGCGAAAACGCUAAAAAUAAGGAACUAUAACAUAUCUCUGGCUUGGAAAGGCCGAUCAACACAAAACUUGACGACCUUAUGUGCCAUGCCCCCCUGAGGGGCUGUGCAAAAUUUGGUACAGUUAGCCCCUAGUUGGCGCGGGGCCAGAUGGGGCAGCUUGCACCAGGAGGCUUGGACCCCGCUUACAACUACUUGCAGUUCUAGUUUUGUUUUGUUUCUAUCAAAUUGUUUUGUAUGCCUUAUCUGUUCAGUCAGCGGUCACUCUGAUGAGAAACUACUUUUCAGUUAUUCCAUGUUCUUAUAUGAUUUGCAUUAUUUUUUAGUAUCCUGCAUCAAAAUAGCACAUGUACCACAAUAUGUAUGCUAUUUGUGGUAUUUAUUUUAUUUAUUCCAUUUAAGUAAAGCCACUGAGCAAAGCCAGUAUUUGCCACUUCAUCAGAAAUAUAUAUAUACACACACACACUGUAUAUAAUUGCCAUUUAAAGGAUUUUCACAUAUCUUCAUUAUCUUCCCUGGCCAUACAAGAAUGUGCUAUAUUUAAAAGCAAUUAUAUUGCUGGAAACAUGAAUUACAGGUUAAAAAAUAUAAAACAAUAAAAUAUAUAUAGUUGAAUUCUCUGGCACUGAGUGGCCUUGGAGAUUGACUGGGGCAAUUCUGCAAUAUUUCCUGAUAACAUCAAUAGCAGACUGGUUAGAGACCAAUACAUCAAUUAUUAUUUAAGUGGAUUUGUUGUUUUUUGAUGUAGCCUUUUCUUUAACAAUAAAGGAUCAUGUGUUACUCUUC